AUGGAGGUGCGGCUCAAGUUGGAGAAAGGCACGGAGGAGAAGCGGACGAAACACCCGUACAGAGAGCUGGUGGGGUGUCGUCUGACGUACGUGUCGCUGACGACGAGGCCGGACAUUGCGGCAGCUGUGAACUACUAUAGUCAGUAUCAGAGCUGCCCUACCGAUGACCAUUGGAUUCAUCUCAAACGGAUCUUGCGGUACAUACGCGGGACGCUAGACCUGUGUCUCGUGUACCAAGCCGACAACGCAGCAGCUACGCUUGAAGUGUUCACCGACGCGGAUUGGGCGAACGACACUUCCGAUCGCCGGUCGAUAAGCGGCUGUAUCUUUAAGGUACUAGGUUGCACUGUGGGGUGGAUUACUCGGAAGCAGAAAACCAUUUCGCUGUCAUCCACAGAAGCGGAGCUCAACGCUCUCUGCAAUGCAGCUUGUCAUCAGAUGUGGAUGGUACGGCUUCUGAAGGACUUGGGAUGUAAACUGGUUUAA